GACUUGUCCGGAGGCUCGCGGCACAUAUAAUAUCAAAAGCGACGGGAGUUCGCUGAAUCAGAACCAAACUCAGACUCAGAACGAGACUCAGGGCAGAGUCUCUGAGUCGAAUUGGCGCUAGAAAUCCCGAGUCAAAUUAGCAUGAGACACGAUAGAACAAUUGAGAUAAAGAAGUUUUAAUGAGGAUUUGUCUUUUGAUUGUAUUGUUAGAUUAAUGUUUUAUGCGUUACUACGACGCUUUUUAGAGUAUAAUAUGGAUACUAAACUACUUGGGCAUAGGGGAUGACAAGUAUGAUCACUCUCUUCUCUCUCUUCUUUUCUUCUGUUUUCUUUUUCUUUUUCCAAGGGGGUUUGUAUGUGUAUUGUUAUGUUAUGAUGGGGUUAAUGCGAGACGAUCUUGUAGAGAAAAGUAUUUAUGCUUCUUUUACAUGUAGUUACACUAUUUUAUUUUAUUUUUCUAUGAUGUAAUUUUUUGGGGGGUGUUUAGGGAUGGUGGGGGUUUAGUUGGUUACUUUGCUUGGUUUUAGGGGGGAUUAAUAAAUAAUAUCUAUAACUAC